GUUUAAGGUGAAUGUAUUGGACACUGGUUUUUGUGCCUUUUUGUUGGUGUAUUCCUAACACUGCGCCAUCUUACGAAGAUAAUGUCACCGACAUCGGCUUAUCAGCAGAUGACAAGGGAUACGAGAUUGCAUCGGAAAUUCUCAGAAAGUCUAUUAACUUUUCGGCGAAUCCAUGCGAGGAUUUCUUCGAAUUCACUUGUGGCAACUGGAUAGCUAGCAAUCCGAUUCCUAAAGACAAAGUCAGUUACGGUCACGUGGAGAUACUUGAAGAUAAAGUGCAAGAGCAAAUGAGAGACCUAUUUGAGUCAAACGAGGUAUUUGGGUCAAAGGCUGUUAAUGCUUUGAAAGCCUUCUACAAAAAAUGUAUGGAUAAAGAUGAACUGAACCGGAUCGGUGCUAAGCGGCUGAUAGAGAACGUCAAGAGUUUCGGUGUUUGGCCGGCUUUAGAAGGAGACGAUAAGUGGAAAGAAGAGAAUUACAAUUUGACGUCACUGUUAAUCCACGUGUAUCGAAGCCGUAGAGUUCUUGCAUUCGUUAAUUUUGAUCUCGAUGAUACGAAAAUUCGCCGUCUCAUUCAGUUCGGUCGAGGAAAUCUCUUUUUGGACAAAGAUGAAUACCUGGAUAGAGAGAAGAACGGAACUUAUAUUGGAGCGCUAAAAAAGUUUCUUACUAGGCAGAUUGAAGAAUUUCAAAGGGAUGGUGGACUGCCUACUAACAAAUCAAAAAUAGAGAAAGAUGUAGACGAAAUCAUCGACCUGGAGUUUAGAAUUGCGGAAAUUAUGGAUGCAGACGUAGAUGAUACCGACUCACACAUUAAGAUAAACCACUUGUGGGAAAUGCAAAAACUCAUGCCGCUUGUCAAUUGGCGGCAAUUCUUCAGUGCUGUUGCUCCUUUCGAUUCCCAAGAGUACCUCGCCUCGGAUCCAAAAAUACUUGUAAACGACCAUGGGUAUAUGUCUAGGGUGAACGAACUUUUACAGUCAACGGAUCCUCGCAUAAUCACAAACUAUGUGUUUAUGUUAUUUUCGCAAAGUUUUUCAAUAACGGGUGAGAUGGGAGAAAAGUAUGAGGAUAUCAAGCAGGAGUACAUUCAAACGAUGUAUGAAAAGCAGCGGAAAAUACCGCGAUGGAAGUUUUGCACUGGUAUCACUAUGCGUUUGAUGAAUUACGCUACCACAGCGUUGUACGUAAAGAAAGCAUUGCAUGAGAAUGCAAAGGAGGACGUAUUUGAAAUUGCCAAUGCCCUGAAGGAAGAGUUUCGUGAGAUCCUUAACACCAGCAAAUGGAUUGAUGAUGAAACUAGAAAUGAAGCAUUGAAUAAGUUGGAACAUAUGGUGCGUCAAGUAGCCUACCCAAAAUUUAUUCUAGAUGAAGAAAGACUUGACAGAUACUACGGCGAGAUGGAUGUGCGUGACACCGACUCGCUCGGUGAAAUGGUGGAAAAGGUAAUUCAAUGGCGUAUCAAGAACUUCUUCAAACAACUAAUGACGGUGUUGAAUCGUUUUGUAAUCUUCAACUCAGCCGAUGUUAACGCAUCUUACAAGCCAUAUAUCAACUCUCUACAGGUUAAAGCCGGCAUUCUCCAUCCUCCCUUUUUCCACCACACAUUCCCAAGAGCGCUGAACUAUGGCGGUAUUGGAGCAGUCAUCGGGCACGAAAUCACCCAUGGCUUUGAUAUUCGAGGGCGUCGCUAUGAUGCCUUCGGCGUAUUCAGAAAAUGGUGGUAUGAUGACGAGGAGGAAGAUGAGCAGCGAUCUCAAUGUCUCAUCGAUCAAUACGGGAAGAUUGAGGUACCAGGAACUGGUUACAAAGUUAAGGGUAAGCGCACUCUGCAAGAAAAUAUUGCCGACCACGGGGGAGUGAAAUUGGCGUACAGGCAUGGUGGUAAAGAAGAAAGGAUCAAAGGUCUCGAACAAUUUAACAACGAGCAGAUGUUCUUCUUGGGUUAUGCUACGAUCUGGUGUGGGCAUAAAACGAAUGAUGCAAUGAUUGACACCAUUCGUAAAGAUGUGCAUGCCCCAAAGCGUUACCGCGUCAACCAAGUGCUGGCGAAUCAGCCAGAAUUCGCUGCUGCCUUUAACUGUGAAGUGGGUAGUGCCAUGAACCCCAGCAAGCGUUGUGCUGUUUGGUAGAUGUCGAAGAUGCCAAUGACUAGCAGAGUGCUGCCGUAUAGCCAUAUUAAUUGUAAUCCUGUUAAUAAAUCACUCGUUUUGAUGUUCCUAUUUUACACAAUAUGACUCGCAUUUUUUACGCACCACAGCGGAACGAUCUGAUCGCAACGCUUGUGGGUGUUUUUGCAAAAAGAAGGA